AUGCGCAGUGAAGAGAAACGACGCAAGUUCCAUGAGGCCCUUCUUAACACACUUUAUCCACAACCCCAGGCAGAAGAAGAUGGGAAACGUCCUGCUAGCACAGCGGAUGAAGGGUUUGAUGUUAGUCUGAUCCCAGAUGACUAUGGGCUGCAACAGAGUAGUUCAUCAGCAAGUGAGGAAGAUAAUGGUGGUGAGGGCGGGUUAGAAUUAGAGACCCUGAAGUUAACUAGGGCUCAGAGGAAGAGGCUACGCAGAAGGAAGCUUAAGGAAGAUAUUUCUCGUCGAGGAAAAACUAUUGGGCCAUUGCCUUUGUCAAGCAAUGACGAAAAAGGUGACUCUAGUAGUGCAGUUAAAGAACGCACCCCAGACGUUCGACAAAAUGCUGAUGAAGAUUAUAGUCAGUUUAGUGCUGCUGCCAGUAACAACCCAGAAGGUGGUGCUAACAAGAGCAAGCUAAAGCAGAGGAGGAUGGCUAAGAGGUUGGCAAGGGAAAGGUUGAAAUCUUCCAUUGUGGAGACGGGUGUUCAGGGCCAAACUUUGAAGUCUCCAACCAAGGAGACUUGUGAUCAAGAUUAG